CCGAUUGAAGCUUUAUGUUGUUUAUGUCAUGUUUGCAAAUACGGCCUUUAUAUAUUUUUGAUGAGUUGAAAGAAAAAAUAAGAAUUGCCUAAUCAUUGUUAAUGUUUGAUUUAAUUAUAAUUAAUCACGUAAUUUCAUACAUGAGACGAACAUUGUGCGUUUGUGCUUCGCUUCUGAAUGAUCAUAGGUCAAUCAUGUUAGGCAACGAAAAAUCGUUAAUACGCGAUCUAAAAAGUUGGAAGUUUAGAAAUCCUCCAAACUAUGCUGAGUUACCAAUAAAUGAAAAUCCGGAAUAUAAUGUUCCUGUUGCAGUUAAAGAUGCUGUAUUUUCUAAGGUACCAACAGAACCUUUAACAGGAAAACUUCAUUUGGUAUGCGUCUCAGAAGAUGCAAUGAAAGAUAUUCUAGAUUUGGAUCCAGAAGUGGCGGAAACUGAGGAAUUUGUGGACAUGGUAGCUGGCAGAUACUUACCUGAAGGAGGUCUUACUGUUUGUCAUAGAUAUGGUGGAUAUCAGUUUGGCUACUGGGCAGACCAACUUGGGGAUGGAAGAGCUCACAUUCUCGGAGACUAUGUCAACAGGAAAGGUGAAUCCUGGCAACCGCAAUUGAAGGGUUCAGGUGAGACCCCGUACUCCCGCUUCGGGGACGGGCGCGCGGUGCUGCGUUCCUCCAUCAGAGAGAUGAUAGCGUCAGAAGCAUGCUACUAUCUUGGCAUACCCACCACUAGGGCAGCGGCUUUGGUGGUGAGCGAUGACCACAAAGUAUGGCAUGACAAGAGCUACAGCGGGGCUGCUCGGCAGGAGCGCGCUGCUGUGGUGAUGCGCCUCGCACCCGCCUGGUACCGGCUUGGAUCCUUUGAGAUAUUGCUAAAGCGGAAAGAGCCACAUAUCAUGAAGCAGUUAGCUGACUUUGUGAUUAAGCAUCAUUUUCCAAACAUUCCAUCAGAUGAUCCGGACAGAUAUGUAAAAUGGUAUUCAGAGGUGGCUCACACUAAUCUAGACAUGGUUGCUACUUGGCAAGGUGUAGGAUUCACUCAUGGUGUACUGAACACAGACAAUGUGAGCGUGCUGGGUGUAACCAUAGACUAUGGACCGUACGGCUUUAUGCAACAUUACUAUGAACAUUAUGUACCUAAUACAUCUGAUGAUGCUGGACGGUAUGCAUUCAAUAAACAACCAGAGAUACUUGUAUGGAAUUUGGAGAAGUUCGCAGAAGCAUUGGAGCCGAUACUAUCAGAUGACGAGAAGCAAAGAAUAAAAGAUAUAAAAAAUACUCUUGCAAAUUAUGUCAAGAAUAAAAUCAAUGUAACAUAUAUGAGAAAACUGGGCUUGUCAGAGGUGCGAGACGGUGAUGAAAAACUGGUGAAAGACUUGCUGCAGAUGAUGCAGCAGACCAUGGCUGACUACACGCAGACCUUCAGACAAAUGGCUGAGUUGGAUGUAUCACAGUUGUCAGAUGUGACGUCACUGGAGAGUAAAUGGUCUUUGGUGAAGGUCUCCAAAGCCUUGCAGUGGGAGAAAUGGGUGCAAAAGUAUUGUGAGAGACUGGAACAAGAGAAUGUGAAUGAAGAAGUGAGACGUGCCCGCAUGCUGAAAGUGAACCCCCUAUAUAUACCCAACAACUGGAUAUUACAAGAGGCAAUAGCUGAUGCCGAGAAAAAUGACUUUGGAAAGGUGCGACUUCUAUUGAAGAUUUUUAAGAAUCCCUAUGAAGUGAAUGAGGAAGCUGAAAAGUUGGGAUAUUCAUCGCAACCACCAAGCUGGUCAUAUGGAAUCAAACUGAGCUGUUCCAGCUAGAACAGUAUCAAAGAGUUAUAAUUCAAAUACACUGCAACGAAAGUUAUAUUGUCAUCCCUUUCAUUCUGUUUGCCAAAACAAAGACAACAACAAAGUACUACAGUUUUAAAAUACUAAAACUGUGUUAUAUGUAUUCAAAUUUUAUAACAAUUAUGUAAACACUUGUUUCCACUGUAAUCAUAUAACUUGUCCUUAUCCAUAUGGUCAGUACAGUAUGUACUCCUCCAUACAUCUCUCUAUCUCCUAGCCUCUAUCAGCCGUCAUAUCAGAAUCUACCUCCUUGCUA